AUGUCCAGCAAGCAUCCUUUACUAUUAUCUUUACAAUUGUUUCUGUUAUUUUUGGAUCUAAUCUUCAAUGCGUUAGCUGUAGUUCUUUAUUCCAAAAAUACUUUGUUGUUGAUGAUAUACUUAUUACAAGAUACGGUUAUUGUUAUUUCACUUAUAAUACUGGCUAUUCUAAUAUCUUCCACAUUCUUAUUUCAAGCAGGCUUAAUCCCUUUCUUGGUCAAAAAGUUUGGAGUGUCACUGCUUGCAGCUUUAGUCUAUUUGACAUUAUCAAUAUCCUAUCACUAUUUAAGCUUGAGUAGUCGAUGGGAAAAGCCCGCCAAAAGUAUUUGGAGCCCAUGGAUGUUGGGAUUAUAUGUUGCUCAUCGAAUUGCUGCAGUCAUGUAUUACUAUACGUAUAAACGAACCUCAUUACUACUAUCUGAUCCCAAAUACUACGAAAUAUCAGAUUGGCUGAAGAAAAAAAUAAAAGAAUCAACAUAA